CUCCAGGAUAGGCGGUCCAGCGGUAGAUCCACCCUCCGUGCUGGACCUGACAGCCGCCCUGGUCGUCCCGGUCCACCGCAGAGACGCUGUGACCUCCCGCUGAACCUCCGCAGCAGGAAACGCGGUGAGGCGGUCCCGGAGGCAGCUACUCCGCAUAUCAGUUUUAUAGCUGCAUUUCGCUAGUCGAAGCUAAACGAUAUUAAAGCUAAUGACGACCAGGGUAGCCGACCUGUAAUACCGUGGUUGCUGGAAAACGGAAGCAUUACGCCUGUGAAUGGUGCACAAGAUGCCUGGUCAACCUGAUAAUUUAAAGCCCAGAAAGAGGAAGAGCAGCUCCAAGGUUAGAAGCUCCAGAAAGGUUUCUGCUACAAGGAGGAGAUGUACGAAAAGUCCAAUGACACACUCAGCAGCAGAGAGUAAUUCAGUAGUCGGUGAUGACAGUAAAGCAGCACCUCCUCUAGAGAGACGCUCUCGUAUUAGCUGUGAAUGCCACCAGUCUGCUGGCAGGAGGAGAUGCUCAGCAUCACCACAGCUGGAAGGACAGGAAGAGAAGGAGAACGAGCUGAGGACGGGGCCGGACCUAGACAACUACAGAGAGAACAGCACCUGGGACAAACAGGAGCCUGAGUUUAUGGAUUAUGAAGAAACGGACAAAAUCAUCUUCCCAGAUGAUGACAGUAACCAGGUUCUUCCUGUGGAGCAGUUCUUUGGAAACCUGGAUACUGUGCAGGAUUUUCCUCAAAGAUCAUCAGCAACUUCUUCUCAUGUCCAGAGGGAGAAGAGGAGACGCCAUUACUACGCUCGGGAGGACAGUGAUGAAGAGGAGGGAGGCCUUAGCAGCAUGCAGCGAGACGACAGAGGGACACCUAGUGAAGAACAACUCCUCUGAUGACUGAGGUGGACUCAAAGUUAUGCCUGUGGAAAGACAUAAAACCUCUGAGCACUUAGGAAAAAGCAGCCAAAAGAAACUACCUGUUCAGACACUGCAUUCAGUAAGUCCUUGUCAUCUGCUAAAACCACACCUCUGUUAUAAGUAGACCAUGUGUGAAGGUGGGGAAAGUCUGCUGCAGUGUGAGGGAGGUGGGUAUGAACUUGUGGCUGAAUAUGCUGUCAGUGUACCAUUACUUACAGAGAAGCCACCAUUAUCUGGGUGUGAUUAUAUUAAACCUGUGACUUGUCACAACCCAAACACACAAGCAUCACAGAAAUAGCUGAAGUUUCGUCACAGGUGAAUAUGCCUGUUUUAAAGCAACUUCUCGAUGUCAAGCUUGGACAACAGUGUGCAACUUUUUCACUUUAAAACCCACCCAAAUAUGCUUGAAUGCCAAAAUGUGUUCUACCCGUAACAUUUAGUCUGAUACUUAAAAAUGUUAAUUGUAGCUGUCUAAUGUAGCUACAGUAGUAAAAUUCUUCUGCUCACCUGUGAGCAAAUAGUUACACUGUUGAAUAAUUUCCUGCUGAAUGUGUGCUCACAUUGCACCUAAUUUAGGUCUAACUGAGGGGGUUCUAAAAAGCUAGGAAAUUGUUAUUGGUGUAAGUUAAUGAGUUAUUUUCCCAAUCAGUUCACUCUCAGUGCAGCUGCUUAUUUCUAACAAGACAACUACACAUAAGAGCUUUUAAACUUCAUUCAUCGAAACAUGAUAUUGAUGAAGUGAAUUUACACUAGCGUUCAAAUGUUUGGGGUCACCUAAGCAAUUUCAUGUUUUCAGUGAAAACUCGCACUUUUAUUCAUGUGCACAAGGGUUUUCUAAUCAUCAGUUAGCCUUUCAACACGAUUAGCUACCACGAUAUACCAUUAAAACACAGGAGUGAUGGUUGAUAGAAAUGGGCCUCUGUACCCCAUGUAGGUAUUUCAUUAAAAAUCAGCCGUUUCCAGCUAGAAUAAUCAUUAACCACAUUAACAAUGUCUGGACUGGAUUUGAUUGUUUUGUUCAUCGAAAAAAAAUAUUUUUUCAAAAAUAAGGACAUUUCUAAAUGAGGUCUGACACAGUUCCAUUAUAAAAAUACAUGUGAAAAUUACUUUAGCUUUUGGCUAAUUCAGAGUGAAAAUAAUGUUACUGAUAGAAUAUUUUGUGAGAAAGGAUUAUCUGUGUUCUAUUAGCUGCAGCAACAGUAGUGUAAAAUGGUCUGCGCAGCUACUCUGGACCACGUUAAAAAUCAUAUUUAUUCAUUUUCUGUAUCACCACUACUUAUUUAGCUUCCCAUGGUAACACAAUACAUACAAUUUGCCUGCUGUAAUUGCAGAGCUUUGUUCAGUGGCAUUACUAAAGAAGCUCAACAGGUUUUCAGUUAUAUGAACUAGCCACUUCAUGUUAUAUGUAUUCCUUCAGAGAGAUAAUCAGGAAAAGAAUUGGUUAAAGGGUGGCGUUCUCACAGCUGAUUUUUUUUUUUUAAAUUAAAAUUUCAAACUGAGUAGAACCUCCCUAGAAGAUUAGCUGUGCAGCAUCAGUUGCUGUGCUGAUCUAGCAGGUCCAAAGAAAGGUUUGUGACAUUGAAAAGUCAUUAUUAAUCUCGCAAAAUAAAUCUGGCUUCAUAGUACACACCCUCUGGUCUCACUUGGAGGUGAUUUUGACAAAGCACUUUAUGAGAAAAGUCAGUCCAUGCGAUACUGCUUCAUAAUUGAAUGCAAGUUUGCAGUUUAAGAUGCGUCCUGUAAGAUGCCAAAGAGAACUGAUUUAAAGUUGCAAGCUUCAAAAUUAUAAUUUUUCCAAAUCUACAAAUUACGUUUUAUAAAAUACAAAAGUGAUCUAUAAUAAAGUUGGCAUAGUGACCUGAUUUCAGAUUACAUAACUAUAACGAAGAUGGAUAGAGAACACGCCAAAGAGCAGUUCUGUAAUGAGAGCAUUUAUUACCAUGAGCUCAUCGUUUCAUAUGAAUGUCAUGUCAACAGUUUAUUGCAUAAGAGUCAUGAUUCACCAAGUGUCUAAUACUCCUCCUCAACACGUGUGUGUCAGUUUUUUGGCAGCUUUUUAUCAUGUCUGUAUAUACACAUAUCAAUGCAACUAAUUUCCGUGAUAAAGUUCCUCGUGAGUUCAUAUUUACAAAAAUGACAAUUGUAUACAAAAAAGUAUUGUUUAAAAACACUGAAAUCUGGAAAUAAUUAGUGGAUAACUUAAUCCUGACUGAAAAUGUACUCUAAUCAUCUAACCUGGAGGUUAACAGUAAUUGCACUUUUGCUAUUCACAUCUAUUGUACUAUUUUGUGUAAAUUUGAUUACCCUGACCAUCAAAAUCAAAUCUUUUAUAUAUUUUUACUGCCUUAUUUAUGCAAAUUGCUUUUCACAUUUUCUAUGCAACUUUCUGACUGAGUGAAUGCCUCAUUCAUUGAGUAGACUUUGUAAUCAAUUCAUGUAUUUUACAUUGCCGUGCCAACAUGAAGAAUUAAUAAAUGUUGUUCAUGGUUUCAA